UAUCCGCAGAAAAACUUCCUGCGGUGAGUCGUAAAGCGGUCUAUGCGACUUCAGCAGGACGUACCAGAUCGUCAUUGUGCUUUCGCGAUGACGGCCUUGUCGAGAGACUAGCUAAUUGCAGUUGCUCGUGCCAAGCCAUGGCUUCGUCAGUUUACGCGAAUCCUGAAUAAGCAUCUCUGAGACGUCUCGGUAAGCAUCUCGGCCCUUCCUCUGACGCAACGCGAAUCCUGAAUAGGCAUCUUUGAGACGUUUUGAGGCGCCUCGAUAAGCAUCUCGACCAUUCCUCUGCCAGCGACGUUGGUCAUUCGCUAUUCGAUAUUCGUCAAAGCAACAGCCGUGUUUACUAGCCUGAGGGGUGACGAAAUUCUGAAUCUGGUGACUUUCGAGUUGGUCAGAAGCUCGGGUCUCUGGUGACGUUACACUCGUCGGUUCCGCACUGCUAUCCCGUGACAAAUCAGCCACCUUUCUCUAGCGAUUCUCCAGCUAGGCUACUGUAGCAUAGGAGAGUAAUCUUUCCACUCGUAGUCUUUGGGAGGUAUCAGAUCCAGUGACCUUAAUAGUUAAGUCCGUCGCAGUAAUCGAAUCCGUGGAGAAGUAUUUGAAUUUGUGGAGCAGCCAUGGCGUUUAAGCUCGGACGGCUGAAUCUGAACGCCGUCGCGCAGGGGGUGGGAGGGCUCGUGUUCGGAAGCGGCGACGACCAAGAGGACGACGGCGGAGUGGAGCGGCUGCUGGAUCGCAUCAGCAAUGGCGUGCUCGCCGAGGAUCGCCAGUCCGCCAUGGCGGAUCUGCGGGACGUCGUCACGGACAGCCCUGUCGCACAGCAGGCGCUGGGAGCCAUGGGUAUCCCUGUGCUCCUAUCCGUGUUAAGGGAGGACCGAGAGGACGUGGACCUGGUGCGGGGAGCUCUGGAGGUGCUGGUGGCAGGGCUGGCAGCGGCAGCAGCGGACACGUAUCACAGAAGCACAGGCCACCAGCGGGUGUCCCCAGGGGUGAUAAACUCGGAGCUCUUCGCUCGCGAGCCCAACAGCAUCGCGCUGCUGCUGGGGCUGCUGGAGGAGGAAGAUUUCUACAUUCGCUACCAUACUGUGCAGCUGCUUACCAUUCUCCUCUCCAACUGCCCCCACAGGCUUCAGGAGGCGAUUCUAGUGAUACCACAGGGCGUGGGCCGGCUGAUGGACAUGAUGGCACUGAAUGAGCGAGAGGUGAUCCGCAACGAAGCACUGGUUCUCAUGAUCAACCUCACUCGGUCUGCUGAGGAGAUUCAGAAGAUAGUGGUGUUUGAGGGCGCCUUUGAGCGCGCAUUCAACAUCAUUCGCGACGAGGGCGGGGCGGACGGCGGCAUAGUGGUGCAGGACUGCAUGGAGCUGAUCAACAACCUCCUCCGCAGCAACGCAUCCAAUCAAAUCUUCCUCCGGGAGACCCUCGGCCUCGCCCGCAUCCCCUCGCUGCUCCUCUCCCUGCGGAAAUACGCCACCGCUGCUGCCGGCAGUGGCAGCAGCAGCAGCGGCAACGACACCAGUGGAAACACCAGCAGCAGCGGUGGCGGCAGUGACAGUACCAGUGUGGAAAGGACAGAGCCGCUGACCCGACAGAAGGCAGCAAACCUGCUAUGUGGGCUAGAGACCGUUGCUCUGCUGCUCGCUCGAAGCCCCCAUGCAGCAACCCCCAAAGACGACACCAACUUAAUCGCCAACCAGACCAUGCUCGGCCAUGCUAAGCUCAUGGACGCUUUGCUUGCACUCGCCUUCGACCCUCUGGUUAAUUCCACUGCCAUCCGCACGCAGGCGCUUAAAGCCCUGGGCGGCCUGGUGCUAGGGCACGCGGCGAAUCGCGAGGAGCUUGGGAGUAAGCUACUUAGUAGGUCGGACCCGACGACUUACCUGUAUAGGGACGCGGGGUUUGCGCCGAAGGGGGGAAGGAGAGGGGGAGGAGGGGGAGGGGGGAAUGAGGGGUGGGGGGAGGAGGAGGAGGUGGAGGAUUUGCUUAGAGGGGUGGCUGAUGACAUGGAGCCGGCGUUACACUGCGUGUUACGGGUGGCGCUGCGAGCGGUUACCACCAGGGAGAGCUCUGCUGCGGACUAUGCGAUUAGAUGCUUCUGCGAGGGCAACAGCGAGGGGCAGACGAUGCUGGCAUCCACCAUCACGCCUCUGCCUCAAGGCGUUUCAGGCAAGGGAAAGCGAGGGGGAGGAGGAGCAGGGCCUGAUGCGGCGGACGAUGCGGCGAACCUCACUUUCGGAGGAAUCCUGGUGCGAGCCCUAAUUGGAGGGCAGAGCGAGCAAGCAUUGGAAGCAAGCUGCCGUGCCGCCAGUGUGCUAUCCCACCUGCUCAAGGACAACUCAGCCGCCAAGGAGCGGGUCCUCCGCAUCCCCCUGCAGAUCCCCACCUCCGCCCUCGCCCCUCCCGAGCUCCUCAUGCCGAGAAUCAUGCGCUAUCUUGCUGCCGCCGCCGCCCCUCCCCCUCCCCCCUCCUCCUCUCACUCACACUCGCACCAGUCUGCUUCUCACUCUCUCUACGCCUCCUUUGCCUCCUCUUUCUCCUCCUUCUCCUCCUCCUCCUCCCCCUCUUCCUCCUCGCCGUCGGCCGUCUGGCUGCAACCCGUGCUGCUGCGCCUGCUGCUGACGUGGCUCUCCGACUGCCCGCCAGCUGUCUCCGCGUUCCUCGCGCCGCCAGGUCACCUGCCCUUCAUCGUCGGCCUCGUCAGUGCCGCCAGCUCAGCAGCAGCCGCUGCCGCGAUGCCAGCUGGCGGGCCGGGAGAGGACGGGGAGGAUCAUGAAGGGACCGGCGGGGGAUAUGGGGAGGGGUACAGCGACGGGUACGAUGGGACAGGCGAAAGGAGACGAGGAGGAGGGGGGGGAGGAGAGGGGGACGGGAGAGGGAUGGACGAGGGAGGAGGAGGAGCAGCAGGAGGGCUAGCGGUACAUGUGGGGGGGCUAGCAGCCCUGGUCCUAGGAGCGUGCGUGGUUUUCAACGACAACAGUGGGGCCACGGACGCAGCAACGGUGGUCGACAUCAUCACGCAACGCAUAGGGCUCGCGGCUUUCUUCGCAAGAAUCGAGGAUUUAAAACGAGACUCGUACUUCCUAGCAGGGGGCGCUGUCCAGCGCCCCCCGAAGCCGCUCACUCGAGCCACGGCUGCUGCAGAGGCGACAGCAGGGGGUUCGGGAGUGGGUGGAUCAGAAGUGAAUGGCAGCGGCAGCAGCGAGAUAACAGAGGAAGGCGGGCAAGCUGCUGCUGCUGCUGGGAUGAAGGCAGCGCUGAGCCGCGCGCCCCCUGCUCCCUCCUCCUCUGUUUCCAGCGGCCUUGGCAUGGAGUUUGAGCCUCCCAUUGCUUCGUUCUAUGACCGGGAAUUCGUGCAGUCGGUGUUAGAGUUAGAAGAGGCGGUGAGGAAGAGAGUGGUGCAGCUGUUCUCGAUGCCGAGAGGGGGGGGAGGGGAGGGGGAAGGGGGGGGAGGGGGUGUGGAUGUGAAUCGGCAGGAGGGGGAGAGUGAGGGGGAGUAUGCGGGGAGGCUGCGGGCGAUGGUGCAGUCGCAGCACCAGGAGUUGCAGCACCUUCGAAGCCGCAACGUGGCUCUAGCAAAGGACGCCAUGCAUCUCUCUGCACCGCAGUCUCCCCCUUCGGGCGGUGGCUCCAGCGACCAAUCACAGGCUGCCGCGUCAGCAGAGGGCGCGGGCGGCGGCUCCGCUGGCUCAGCGCCAACUCAUGCUGAGCUGGAAGCUGCCCGGCGCCAGCUGGCGGAGGCAGAAGCGACAGUGGCAGCACUUAGAGGGGAGCAGGAAACUCUUAUGGGCGAACUGCUGCAGGUGCGGCAGGUGGCAGCAGGCAAGGAAGCAGACCUGCAGGCACUAUCCAUGGCGUACCACAGCCUAGAGCAGGAGAACCUCAGACUAGAGGGGGAGGGGAAAGCGCUCCAAUCCACAGUCAAAACCCUCCAAACCAGCCUGGCUUCGGCUGAAGCUGCUGCCGCAGCUGCAGGCUUGGGAGGUGGGGCAGGUGCAGGUUCGGGGCUAUCCGAAGCUGAGGUGGAGGAGCGGGUGGAAGCGGCUCGGCAGGAGGCUCGGGAGGAAGCUCAGAGGGAGAGUGAGACGGAGCUGAAUGAUCUGUUGGUGUGUUUGGGGCAGGAGGAGAAGAAGGUGGAGGCGCUGAGGGGGAGGUUGGUGGAGCUGGGAGAGAAUGUGGAUGCCUUGAUAGAAGGUUUGGUGGAGGGAGAGGAGGGGGACGGUGGGGAGGAGGAGGAGGAGGGUUGAGAGGGGGAGGAUGAGGGGGGGAAGUUGAGAGGGGAAAGGGUAGGAGGAGGAAUGCUGGUAUUAAGGGAGGUGGAAGGGGUUAGAAAGGAAGAGUUGAGGAAUGAGAUGGUAGGAAAAAACUUUCCCUAUGGAAACGUUCCCGAAAGCUGGACCCUGCAGGAUAGGUAGCAUAUCCUCCUCUCAACAUCAUAGGAGUAGUUGCAUAGUUGGUGAGGAAGUAAGAGCUAGUGGAUGAAAACCGGUUUUGUUUCUGUACGGGUCAUACGAAUCAUUUUCUGAGAGA